AUGUCUUCAUCAACAACCGAUAAUACAGAGAAAGGGUCGCUGAAGGAAAGGAUCAAGGAUCACAAUAUCUUCCCCGAGCUCCGCAACCAGAUGAAAGAAACCCACCUCUACGACGCAAAGAAAGGCUUCUACCACUUCAAGAGCAAGGUCGGCAAAUUCCACAACCUUAUCAAUCCCAACCAUCGCCACGACGAAAAGCACGAGCAAGAGACAGACGCCAAGCGCACUCGCGUUGCCGAGAGCCAUCGCUUCGAAUCUUUCGCUCCUGAAAGAGAUGGGAAUAAGAUCAAGUGGUACGUUGAUGGACGGGACUAUUUCUGGGCCGUGUCUGCGGCUCUGGAGAAGGCAAAGGAGGUCAUCUACAUUGAGGAUUGGUGGUUGAGUCCUGAGCUCUUUCUGCGCCGACCGCCGUACUAUAACCAGGAAUGGAGGUUAGACCAGGUGCUGAAGAGGAGGGCCGAGGCGGGCGUCAAGAUCUACGUCAUUGUGUACAAGGAAGUUGCGGCGGCCAUCUCGUGCAACAGCGCUCAUACGAAGCACGCUCUGCAUGCUCUGUGCCCGCCGGGAACGAAGGGUCAUGGGAACAUCGCAGUGAUGAGGCAUCCGGAUCACAACGUCUUUGAGAACGCAGGGGACAUGACCUUCUAUUGGGCGCAUCACGAAAAGUUCAUCGUCAUUGAUUACGCUCUGGCUUUCAUUGGCGGACUGGACCUAUGCUUUGGGCGAUGGGAUGACCGACAGCAUCCUUUGGCAGAUGUCCACCCCGCUGGAGUCCAGAACGAGGUCUUCCCGGGCCAGGAUUUCAACAACAAUCGCAUCAUGGACUUCCAGACGGUCGAGGACUGGAAGUCGAAUGAGCUGAGCAAGGCUGAUUACGGACGUAUGCCGUGGCAUGAUGUGGCUAUGGGACUCGUCGGCGACUGCGUCUAUGAUAUUGCAGAACAUUUCGUUUUGCGAUGGAACUUUGUCAAGCGUGACAAAUACAAGCGAGACCCUGGGUACGACUGGCUGCUCAUGCAGGGACGAGAGGGUGAGAAUGAAGAUCUGAUAGCCGUUCAGCAUCCGAAAUUCCCUGUUGGUGACUACGUCAAGCAUCCAAUGGCACCGCUGGAGACCAAGCCCUGGGCGCACCAACAUCCGGGAACGGUGCAUGCCCAGAUUGUUCGAAGUAGUUGUGACUGGAGCAGUGGAAUCCUCGUAGAACACAGCAUUCAAAACGCGUAUUCAGAAGUCAUCAGGAACGCCCAGCAUUUUGUCUACAUAGAAAAUCAAUUCUUCAUCACUGCUACCGGCGAAGAGCAAGCACCUAUACACAACACCAUAGGUAGAGCUAUCGUGGACGCAUGCGUUAAAGCUGGCAAAGAAGGUAGAAAGUUCAGAGUCAUCAUUGUGAUCCCCGCGAUACCGGGUUUUGCAGGAGACUUGAGAGAUGACGCCGCUGCGGGCACUCGAGCUAUCAUGGACUACCAAUACAAAUCAUUGCACCGGGGUGAACACUCCAUAUGCAGUCAGAUAGAAGCACAAGGCGUCAACUCAAAAGACCACAUCUUCGUCUUUAAUCUUCGAUCGUUUGAUCGCUUAAACAAAACACUAGCCAUGGUACAGCAAGAGGAGAAGUCCGGCGUAAAGUAUGAAGAAGUCCAACGAGCCAAUGCUGAAGAAAUCAUGGGGGGUGGGGCUCCUAACAGCGUUGACCGUCGGAAGCGAGACAAACUCAAGCUCGACCGCCACGACGAUAGUGGUGACGAGGAGAGAGAAAAGAAUAUGGACCGGAAGCGAAGGUUCGAAGAUUCCCGUGAAGAAGCUGGUCUUGGAGAGAAGUCAUCAACGCAACAAGAUUCCAUCGCACGCACUGCCAUGCUUAAUGGAGGUAAAGUUUCUGAGCAGGAAUGGGAAGGCGAUCUGGAGAGCGAAAAGGAGAAUUUCGUCCAGGAAGAGCUUUAUAUUCACGGGAAGCUGUUGAUUGUGGAUGACCGGAUCACGAUAUGUGGAAGCUCGAAUAUCAACGACAGAUCUCAACUUGGCAUUCACGACAGCGAACUCUCCAUCGUCAUGGAAGAUCAGACGUUCCUUGACAGCACCAUGGAUGGCCAACCCUACAAAGCAGGACAUCACGCAGCCACCCUCCGCCGGCUACUCUGGCGUGAGCAUCUCGGCCUUCUCCCCGCCCAGAAGCUCGAUGCAUCGGAAGACCCAAACGCUCAACCCCCAGACGUGUGUCCGAACGAUUUAAUGGAAGGGCCAGAGUAUGAGUUUGUGGCCGAUCCGUUGAGCGAUAGAGUCUGGGAUAUGUGGACUGGUAAUGCAACGAGGAAUACGGACUUGUUCAGACAUCUCUUCCGCGCGGAUCCGGACGAUAACAUCAAGACCUUUGCCGACUACGAAUCCUUCCUCCCCAAGCACGAAAAGUACAAGCAAGGCCAUCUCCACGACCCUUUUAUGCCCGCACAGGAGGUCAGGCAGAAGCUCGACCAGAUCAAAGGCCAUCUAGUCUGGAUGCCGUUAGACUUCCUCAAGGAUGCCGAGAUGGCGGAAAAAGGGUUGCAGAUUAAUGCUUACACCGAAAGUAUCUAUACGUGA